UCUCUGCUGGAGCGUGAUGCCGGGUCCCCCAUCGUCGGGCGGCAGCAGCCAUGGGGAGCGGGCGCGUCCCGGCGGCGGUGGCCGUGCUGGUGGCACUGCUGGCGCUGGGAGCCCGGUCUGCCUACGGAACGCGGCCCUCGGCGUUCUUCCAGUGGAGGGUACUUGAGUGCCACUUCCUCAAUGGCACCCAGCGGGUGAGAUAUGUAGACAGGCACAUCUAUAACCGGCAGCAGUUAAUGCACUUCGACAGCGACGUGGGGAAAUAUGUGGCCGAUUCACCGCUGGGGGAGCUGCAAGCUGAGCACUUCAACAGCGACACCGAGUAUCUGGAGUACAAACGGGGACAGGUGGACAGGUAUUGCCGGCUUAACUACGGGGCGCUUGAGCCCGUAACGGCGCAGAGGAGCGUGCAGCCCAAGGUGAGGGUCUCGGCGCUGCAGUCGGGCUCCCUGGGCGAAAGCGACCGGCUGGCGUGCUACGUGACGGGCUUCUACCCGCCGGAGAUCGAGGUGAAGUGGUUCCAGAACGGGAGGGAGGAGACGGAGCGCGUGGUGUCCACGGACGUGAUGCAGAACGGGGACUGGACGUACCAGGUGCUGGUGGUGCUGGAGACCGUCCCGCGGCGCGGGGACAGCUACGAGUGCCGGGUGGAGCACGCCAGCCUGCCGCAAGGCAUCAGCCAGCCCUGGGAGCCGCCGUCGGACGCGGGCAGGAGCAAAAUGGAUGCUGAAUUAGCUGCUGCUCCGCCGAGCCGCUCCACCGACACCCCCCGCACUCCCGGCCGCGGCUCUCCCUCGUGUUGCCCCCCCACGCUUCCCCCGUGCCGCCGCAACGCCCGCUCCGUGCCCUCCCCAAGAAGAAGCCGCUCCGACGCUGUCCCGUUGUCUGCACAUCCAUGGGGACCUUCUGUUGUGCGACGGCAGGGGAAGGAAGUGGGCGGUCUGUGCUCUUCUAUUCCGUUCAGUCCCAGAAGGUGGUUUGGGUCCUUUCACCUAAUAUGCUCUUUUAUUGCAUCAAAUGGGCAGAAGGAAUUGGUCUGCUGUACACGUAGGAGUGGAGGAGAGCACCGAAGAAGCGUUUCCCAUGAGCAAACAGCAUUGCUUUGUUCCGCGCAGCCCCAUAGGCGGCACUGUGGGACUUGGGCUGGAGGAGCGCAUUGCCCUCCCGUUGCUUCCGAGAGCAGCUGAAAGCGGAGCUCUGUGCCUUGGUUUCUUCCUUCUUGCACGGCGUUUUGGGGUCCGGGAGCAGCUCAGGUGCUGAUGCAGAAGUUCUUGCUCGGGUUUUGCAAGGCGGGUUUGGUUCAAACCCAAUUCCUGCGCUGGCUGCAGUGGGAGGAGCUGAGCCCGGCCUCCCCCAGGUAUGCACAGGGACCAUCGCCUUGCACCUGGAACCUGGAUGGAUGGACAGACAGACACACACAGACAGAGCUCAGGUGGUGGGGAAUAGCAGUGGUGAAACUAAACAGAAUGUGAUUAAGUCAAUGGGAAUCUCUUUUUCCUGCCCCACUUCUGCUGCUGAAUGAACUUGUAUGACUCCAAGUGGUGCAAAGCGCCUUCCCCACAUCUCACCACAUAAAGCAGCACCAGAAAUGCUCCCGAGGCUCAGAAAUGGACAUUUCAUGUCUGGAAAAGCUGCAGCUUCCAAGACAAGGAUGGGAACUCACGGGUGAGAUGAAGGAGAGCGGUUCAGCCAUUGCCAUGGAUGCUCUUGGCCUUCCCGUGUGAGGCCAACCCAGUGUGGGGAGCUGCCUAUGUGUCUCAUUGCGAAGCUCUGCAAAGAGAGGAGAGGGAACAGGUCAUGGGAUGCUUUGGGAUGUUCCAUUGCCUGCAGAACCCUUUCAACCAAUGAUCUCAGUGCUUGAAAUGGCCCAAUCCAUUACUGAAGCUCAUCAUCGUUAAGGCAGAGUGGCUGCUUGAUAGUUCUAUUGCCUUUUCCUUUUGAAUUUGGAGCAGUGGACCAACCUACCCUCAAGGCAACCACCAUCCACCUCCUCAGCCUGAAACCAGAAAGGAAAUACUGACAGAGCAGCCAAGAAGCCCGCAGGAGGAGAAGAUCCAUUGGUGGCUCUUUUGUGUCCCCCUCACCAAGUCCUCAGCGCUGUCCAACACAGCCAAGGAAGCACCGAGAGCAGAGCAGUUGUUGUGGCUGGAAGUCCAAUUGCUUUCAUCCUCUGAGAAGCGGUAGCACUUUCCUCUGAAUCCAAUCCAGUCGAAGGGACACUGAGCACAGGGCUGGGGAUGGGGCUGGAAUGCCUGCACUGCCAUGGACAGAGCCAAAGGGAUGAGAAAUGGCAGGAGCUGCACCUUCCAAACUGCUGCCAGUGUAGAUUUCCAGCCUAAAAGUGCCCUCAGGUGGAGUUAUCAGUUGUUAAUGGGUGAGAAAAGAUUUCUUUUGGUCCUGCAGACCUCUGGGCUUGGUGAGAUUCGUGCCAGCAUCUCUUUCUUCAUGGACAACCAGCAAAGACACGGCCCAUUUUAUCCUCAUAAAUAGUCCAGUUUUGGUCAACGCCAGAUGCAAAGAAGCCCCAGAGAAGGGGUUGGUCUUCUGGAGGAAGGUUUUCCUGCCCACUGUGAUGCCCUACACUUAUAGGGCACAGCUCCUUGGCCAUGGUUGUAGGGGCACAGAUAAUCCUACAUAGGGCACAGCCCUGUGGUUGUGUAUCCUGAGGUCACAGAUCCCAAGGUGGGAUGCACACAAUGACCCCAAAUGGUUUUCUCUGCUCUUUGGAACCCUCAGCACUCACCUGCAAAGGCAACAGCAGUGAUGAGCAGCACCGUGAACAGAGCUGCCAACGUGAGCUGGAUGGUAACGCAUGGCCUAUGGCUGGGACCUAUGGGAGAAGAGACCUCCAAUGGGUCAACAACGCAGCCCAGCUCAGCACCGCGUCGCUCACUGCCACCGCUGAACCCAGAGUUGUUUCCAUCCCUCAGAGAGCUGCAAGAUGAGACAUGGGCUGUGUCGCCCCAAAGGGAAAGGCUGCAGGGCUGCAUCUACCCCGAUUGGUUGUGUUGGUGUUUGGUUCUGUUGUUAUCUGAAGGCAAAACCAAGACGACCAAGCACAGCCAAUGCCAUUUCCUGGUAGUGGACACAGGUGGGUUGGUCAGAAAGCAAGAAGUUGCUGCAGGACUUGGUCAUUUUGGGGCCGUUCUGGUGAACUUCUGAGCCAUGGAUGAGGAAAUGAUGAACGCUGAUGUAAGGCAUCCUAUGGGCUGUUGGUCUCCUGCUCAGCGGCAGCGCGGUAAGGGGUGCUUUGUGUGGUGGGUGCUCAUUUCAGGCUGGGUUUGGGCUCUUGUUGUUUGGGUUGCGGGUGGAUCCUGGCUGGUGUAGGGGAGAGAAGGAAGGGCUGGGGGAGAAGGAAUCCUGGGAAUGGCCAGAGGUGCGAUGGUUUGGGGCCAAAAUCAUCCCAAAUCAGGAAAGCCAAUGUGAGCAAAUGGAAGACGAUGCAUGAGAUGGUGGCAAACGCAUCCUGGGUCCAUGUAGCAGAAGGGCUGCGGAGAUCCCAGUCCUGCCAGCCACCAGCUGUCCCAAAGCUGCCUGGUUUCCCAGGGUGUGGGUGCUGCAGAGCUUCCACAAUGUGCUCUAUGGGACCUGCAGGGCCUUCCCCACCUCCAAAGCCUCACAUGGAGGCGAUGUCCCUGUGUCCAACCCACCUCCAAUGGGAGCCCAUCCCGUGCUCCAUGCUGCUGUCACUCCUCUGCACCACCUCCUUCCCCAUUGGGCACCACUGGGAGCCACUGGGAAGGGUCUGGGCAGCCCAGAACUGGAGGAAACCAAACAUCCACCAACUUCUGCUCAUACACGGCCUGGGAACCAAUGGGAAGGGUCUGGGGACCCCAUAUUGUGGAGGAAGGGAAGCAGCCGUCAACUUCUGUGCCAUCAGAGAAGCUUUAUUAAGGAGAACUGACUUGGAAAAUGUUAUUAAAUGCUUUAAAUACGUGUUUUCUUAAGAACCAAAUGUCAUUUUUCACACUGUUGGACUCCUCCAGGUCCUACCGUGUGCCCCCACUGGCACCAAAUCCUCCUGAAGUCCUGCAUGCUGGAGCUGCUGCUGCUGCUGCUGCUGGUGGUGGGGCUCAGCAUGUGGGGUGAGUGACCAGAUCCCAACCACAUCCGCUGCACAGGAAACCAAAGCUCUUCUGAGCAGAAAACACCUUCUUUCUGCCCAAAGCCAGGUUGGGGCUUUGCAAUGGGGUCGGGAAUCCCAAAGCAGCACUCCAUGAGAGAUACACCACACACUUAAAGCUGGGUGGGGGAUUAAUGAAAUGCUUGUAUAUGAUUUUAUAUGACUGAAUUGACUGAAUGCAACUGGAACCAGAAAGGGUUUGCACUAGAGCUGGAGGAUUCAAGCCGAACCCUGCUUGCUCUCCAUGGGGUUGUCCCCAUAGGGCCACGUCUCACCCCACUUUGUGCCCAAAAGUCUUUCAGCAAACAUCCCCACCUCCAAGCGCUGCACUGCACUGCCCUGAGCCCAGCGAGAGGAACGGGAUGGAGCUGAGUGGGAAUCCCUCCAUUGAGCAGUACUUCUGCCAACAGACAUGGAACAGCUCUGCAGGUAAUGGCCUUCCCAAGGAAAUCCUCCUGGCUGGGAUUUCUCACCACCAGGAGAUGCUCACGGCUCUUUCUCUGCAGCCCCUGCUGCCUGCCUGCUCUGCCCCCAGUUCUGGAGGCUUUUAGGGGACCGAUGCUACAGGCUUUCCAUAGAAAAGGGGAUCUGGACACGAGCUCAAAAGGAGUGUGAAUAUCAGCAGUCUCAGCUCGUGGUGCUCCAGAACGUGGCAGAAAGGGUCAGUAUAGAGCACGGAACUGGAUGGGACCUGAAAAUGUGUGGGUUUGGUGGGAGAAAAGUGCUCUGGAGUGACUGGGUGUCAGCAGGAGGGUGAGUGUUUCCAAACCCAAAUGGGGCUGAAGCAUCAGCAGAGGGGUUGUGGUCUGGAUUAUGGCCUUUAGGGUUAGGGGUCAGCACAUGGCAGUAGGCACAUGGGGGUGGGGUCAGGCACACUGUGGUUGGGCUCGUUACUAUAUAAGAGCAUCAGGGUUGAGGUUCGGGGUGGGCACAUGGGGGUUGUGUCCCCUUCCCACCCUUCAAACAGGAUGAGGGAUGGAAGCAGAGCUCAGGUGGUCACAGCAGUGCCACCAUCUUGGAUUGAAGCCAUUCCCACCCACUGAGCCUCCUCCAGAGCCAGGCAGCAUUCCAAGCAUGGCUGCUGUCUGCAUCCCAUCUGCUGGGGGUCCAACAAGGCAGACUUGGCGGCCCUGCACCCCACCAGCCCCUUGCAGAAGGAUUUUGUUGCCAUUUCCCAGGAUGAGCUGAAGGCAAUGGCAGGUGUGGGGAAUCAGCCGGUGUGGAUUGGAUUACAAGUGUCCUGAAAUGAAUGGCAAUGGGUGGACAAGUCGUCCUUCAACAGCACAGAAAUCACUGCGGGACCUUCCAGAACAGCCAAGUGGAGGAGGAUGACUGUAACGGUGAACACAAGUGGGUCUGCCAGAUGGAACCUUUACGUCUCCAGCCAUAACGUGUAGGAGAUGGAGGGGAACGCAGCCCCUCACCCUGAUGUGUGCCCACCCCAAGAGCCCCAAGCAUUGGGGUGAAGCUCUGCAAUACGGCUCUGGAAGGAGUUUGGGGCGUGCAGAGCCCAGCACUGCCCGGGCACACGGGGGGACAUCACUGUAUGCACUCAUGCAAUCAGCUCAUCAUCCUGUGUUAUUUCUUGCCAUAAUAAAUACAUGAAUAAAUAAAUCAGGGCUGUUGUUCACACAGAA